AUGCCAGACGCAACAUUUUUUUGUCGUUCCGAAUUCAGUCGUCCCAUAAAUCUCGCAAAUAUCUCUUCUGGCGUAUAUUCUGCGUACGCGAUGAACGUCGCUUUUCAUACCUUCACUUUUCCUCUCGCAAUUAUUUUGAAUGUUCUAGUAAUAGUUGCCGUGAAAACAAAGCGACCUCUUCGCACAAAAUCUAACAUCUCGCUGGCUUGUUUGGCCACAACAGAUUUUGCAGUAGGACUGAUUGUUCAACCUUUGAACAUAAUCAUUUUCAUUUCAAUCCACAUCGAUGGCAAGACACAAACCAUGACCUGCACUUUGAUCAAGGUGAGCACCAUUAUUGGCCAGACAUGUGUUACAGCAUCGCUUUUUCAUAUGUUUUUGAUAAGCGGGGAACGUUAUUUAUCGAUUAAACAUCCCUUCGCGUACGAGAAUGGCCUCGUAACUGAAGCUCGUAUCAUCAUGGCAUCCGGUUUAGCGUGGAUGUGUGCACUGAUUAUCUUCAACAUCAAUACUGACUUCUUUAAAGGACUAGAGGUUUGUCUUUCCGUUGCUGUCAUCUCUGCAGUGGUGUAUUUCCAUAUUGUCAUUUACAAAGAAGUUCGUCGAAACGCACGGCAAAUCAUUGCCAACCAAGUUUCUUUAGAAGAAAAGGAAAAGUUACUGAAGGAUAGGAAAGCCUUUAACACGACUGUCGUAAUACUUUUGACACUUUUACUUUGUUAUAUUCCGAUAAGUAUUUGGGUGACUAUUUUUAUUUCUUAUAGUGAAAAAAUCCCGUCUGAUGCUGGACAAGUCAUUUCCUCUCUUUUUGGAUUUCUAGUGUUGCUAAAUUCGUCGAUAAACCCACUCAUUUAUACAGUAAGAAUCAGACAAUUCCGUGUAACUUUCAUUCAGAUGUUAACGAGAAAAACAUUCGCGCAGGCCGAGGAACUUGAAAACAAGAUAUUUGGAUCUAAUCAUGUGAGAAUUGCAUAA